ACUGGUAUGAAGCUGCCAAUGGCUAACUGAUCCAAAGUUCAGGUUGCAGAGUAGAGAUUAAAUUAUUUUGCAAUGCUCAGAUAAGCAAUCCGUGUUGGGGUCAGAGAUUGUUAGAAUUCUGGGAAACCUGUUCCUUUAAUUUAUUCCUCCUAGAAUCUGCCCCUUGGCUUGGCAGUUGAGUACUUCCGCAGAAGAGACCAACAUCUGGGUGAUCAUGGAUGAAUUCACUCCUUUAGACUGUCUGCUACCUACAGGCACUCAGAAAAUAUGUCUGAUCAUUCUCAACCAGCCUUUGGAAAAAGACUGCCUUCACACACUCUGGAGUAAAGCUCUCCUGCGGGCGUGUGCAGAUGGUGCGGCCAACCACCUGUAUGACAUCACCGAUGGACAACGAGACCGUUUUCUUCCAGACUACAUCAGUGGAGACUUUGAUUCUAUUACUGCAGAGGUCAAAGCUUUCUACACAGAGAAGAAGUGUCAGUUGAUAGAGACAGCUGAUCAGGAGCUGACUGACUUCACUAAAUGUCUGGCCAUCAUGAUGGAGGAGAUCAAGAUACAACAGCUUCAGGUGGACACUAUAGUUACUCUGGGUGGUCUAGCAGGAAGGUUUGACCAGACCAUGGCUUCAGUAGAGACUUUGUACCACGCUCUCAAUAUGACAGAACUACCUCUGGUGAUUCUACAGGGAUGCAGUCUGGCCUACCUGCUACGACCGGACAUGAGACACAGGUUGGGAGUGAAUACAGGACUGGAGGGGGAAUGGUGCAGUCUAAUACCUAUAGGAGGACCAUGCAGAACACACACCACUGGACUCAAAUGGAACCUGGACAACCAGGUACUGCAGUUCGGGAAGCUGGUGAGCACAUCCAACACCUACGAGCCUGUCGCCCAGGGAGACCAGAGGAAACCUGUAACCGUGACAACGGACCAGCCACUGCUCUGGAGCAUGGGCAUCUGCAGGGACAGGAAAUGACAUCGACCAGGGUGCUACACCUCCUUCCAGAAUGGACAAAUGGGUGUCAUUUAAAUAGGCUAAUGGCUUCCUCUCCCCAACUGAAAAUUCACGCUUCUGCCUGGUUGAAAUACUGGAAAAAUGCCUCUUUCCUUCCUUGGUGAAGGAAUCUCUAAACAGUCACAAGAGGAAGCCACUUUAGACUAUAGAUUCACCACUAGCCUAGGAAACUCCGUCCUGAUUCCACACUGGAGACUUGCUCCCUUCCCCUUGAAGACUAACCAUUGCAGAUCUGAGGUGGGAGUCAAAUCCAUGCUUCUCAAGGGGGGAUUUUUGGGUGCAAGUCUACGGUUUGGAACGCAGCCCCAAUGUGCCUUCACCGUUGUCUUUUAACAAACAUAGAUACACAUUAUAUACAAGUCAAACAUAAAUCAAGCUGCGUAUUUCUUUGAUUUAUUAACACAGUCAAAUAAAAACAUUGCAAACAAUGUAAAAAAAAAAUUGCAUCCCUUCACUCUCCUCCCACCACCACUAUUCCACAUUGCCCCACUGCCAAAGGUCUCUGGUUAUUGUAGUUCUGUAGUUGUAGUUCUGUAACAUCUCCAGAGGUUAAACCACCCCUGAGAGAGAUAAGAGAACUCACAUGAACAGGGCCACACAGAGGCUAAUUCAGUUUCUCCCCUUUACCCAAAAGUAUACAAUCAUCCACUCCUCUUAACUGUAGUGGCAGAAAUGCUGUAUGCUAUAUGAUUUAAAAUAGAGCGUGUUUCAUGCAUUCCAUCAAAUAGUGCUGCAAAACAUAGUUUGAUAUUAUCGCAGACCUACAUGCAUCUAUGCACAUAUCUUGAUAACAAAUUAAUCAUAUAUUUAGAUCUUGUAGACUGGUAACAUUAGUGCACUUUAGAACACUGUAGUCAAAUCACCCAAUCUCUAUGCUAACCUACAAAGCCAAAUGGACUGAACUUGAAUUAUGUUUUCUACCAAUAAUGCGCACAAUAAAGUACUGACUGGCUACAGUC